UUGUUGUUUUGCAAUGUUGGUAACAGUGGAGCCAUAUGGACCAAUAUGGACGCGAUGAAAACAAAAAGCUCUGCACAUUAAAUAAAAAUGCACAUUGUGGAACUGGGAAAAAACGGAGCCUGUUAAACUCUUGAGAUAAAUAUAUGAAAAUGACUACUGAAGAGGCUGGAUGCGAAACAAGGGAAUCGGUUAUUUUGGCCACCGGCGGCUAUGACCACACAAUCAAAUUAUGGCAAGCUCACACGGGAAAUUGCCAACGAACGCUUCAGCACACAGAAUCUCAAGUAAACGCCCUGGAAAUUACUCCUGACAGGCAACGAAUAGCUGCUGCAGGCUACCAGCACAUUCGAAUGUACGAGAUAAAUAGCAGCAAUGCAAAUCCUGUGGUGAACUGCGAAGGCCUGACAAAGAAUGUAUCUUCAGUGGGAUUCCAAGAGGAUGGCAAAUGGAUGUAUACGGGCGGAGAGGACUGCAGUGCCCGCAUCUGGGACCUACGUAAGGGGUCGAUGCAGUGUCAGAGGAUUUUCCAAGUCUCGGCGCCAGUUAAUUGUGUAUGUCUGCACCCCAACCAGGCUGAGCUCAUCGUCGGUGAUCAGAGUGGCAUCAUUCACAUCUGGGACCUCAAGACAGACCACAACGAGCAAUUGAUUCCUGAAACAGACUCUGCCAUUCUCUCAAUGGCCAUUGAUCCGGCAGGAACCUUUUUGUCGGCUGUAAACAACAAGGGACGCUGUUUCAUUUGGGCCCUCAGUGGCGGCACCAAUGAUGAACCAACUCGUCUCAACCCAAAACACAAACUCGAGGCCCACAAGCGGCAUGCCCUGAAGUGCAGAUUCAGUCCUGAUUCUUCGUUGCUCGUGACCACUUCAGCAGAUCAGACUGCUAGAAUCUGGGAGACAGACAAGUUUACAAUGGUUCAGGAGUUAACCUGCGACGCGCAGCGCUGGGUCUGGGACGCUGCCUUCAGCUUGGACUCGCAAUAUGUUGUCACAGGCUCAUCGGACGGAGCUGCUCGGUUGUGGGAUGUUGCUGAGGGAACGAUACAGAGAGAAUACACUGGCCACCAAAAGUCCAUUACUGCUUUGGCAUUGGAGGACAUCGCCAAGGAAUAAUUACACAUUGAAACAAAUGUUCACUCGAUAAAUAAAAAUAGAUAAAAAUUUAACUAUUUGUUAAACAAUUUUAUUUUUAAGAACAA